CGGCCUCCACCAAACACCAAACUCCGCACAUAGAAAGCGACUUCAACGGCAUAGUUUAUAAACAUAUAGAUAUAACCUCUUAGGGGUGAUACUUCGUUACUUCCUUACCCCUAAAUCCGGAGAGCCGCAUGAGGCCCUGAGGUACUUCCCCCCCUGCCUUAAGAGCUUAGCCUGGUUCCAGUACACCACUACAUUAACACCUUUACUGUGAGGCAAUGGAGCAGAAGCAGAUGCAGCGGUUGGGCUUUGGGGCUGAAGAGGAAGACCGCUGGCUCCAAGAGGAGACAGCCUCUGCACCUGAGGAAAGCAGCGAUUGCUCUGAUUCGCCACGGGCUGGUGGCGGUGGAGGGGGUCGUUGUGACGGGGUGGCAAGGCGGAGACGGCGACGACCAGCGUGGACCCGCCUUGAGGAGGCUAUUUUGGCAAAGCAACACUCAGUACGCGGAAAUGCAUGGUCAGCUAUCGCUGCGCAUCUGCCUGGAAGAAGCGCAUCGGAGGUUAAGAACAUAUGGCACAGCACUCUACGAUCCAAAAAGCUCAAAUCAAGGUCCUUGCUGCGGGCAUAUGCCCGCGGUGUGCAAGAGCGAGGCGAGAGUGCUGCUGCCCGCAUGGAGGCCUUCCGGGCCGCUGUGAAGCUGACGCGGGGUGGCGAUGCGUCCCUUCAUGAAGAAGAGGCCGAUGAGCCCGAUGCGGGUCGGCAGCCAGAGCGAUCGGCGGGUUCCAACGGAGAUAUGCAGCUAGACUUUCCCCGUGCAGAUGGGCCGGAGGAUGCUGCCAUGGACGGAAACCCUGAUGCAGCCAACGGCGCGAACCCCCGCGAAACGGAACUCUGCCACACUGGCUCGUCGGACGGUGUCCCAGCACCCUUGCCCACCUCCCACCCCAGCUCGCCCGGCCACUCCAACCUCAACGCAGCCGACCAUGUGAUGCCGGAUCCGGGGGGCGACCCAGCGGCCCAGAACCGCUACCGGGCGGGCGGGGAGGCGGCUGGCGACGCAGGAGGAGCAGAUGGCGGCCCGCUGAGACUCCCCCACACAACCCAGGGACCCCGGCUGCCCAAAGGCACGAGCGGCGGGCGAGGCGGCCGCUCGGCGGGGCCUGGUCGUGGCAAGGAGGCCGCUGCUGCUGCGGAGGGGGCUGAGGCGGCUGUGCCUCCGCAGCGGCCGCGUUCCGUCCGCCAAGCCGCGAAUGCGGCCAAGGGCUUGUUGCCUGCCUGGCAGCGGCCUUGGGUGGAGGACGAUGGUGGGUUUGAGGAGUCACAGCGGCAGGAGAAGCUGCGGCAGGAGCAGCAGCAGCGGCCGCCUCGGCGGCGGCCGCAAGCGCCGUUGCUGCAACCGCCGCCGGAUGAGUUGAUGCGGAUGGAGAUGCCUCAUGGCUACGGUAUGAAGGGCGGCAAGGGGCUCCCCUGGGUGGGCGCCUUGCAGCCCUUCUGGCCGCAAGACGCAGAUGCGAUGGACGACCCACAACAGCAGCAGCUGCAGCCGCCUCUGCCGCCGCUGCUGCUGCCGCCGCCGCCGCUCCCACUCGCAUUCCCACAGCAGCAGCCGCAGCAGGCGGCUCAGGGGGAGGAGGAUGAGGACGAGGAGGAAGAGGAGGAGGAAAACGCGGAUGAGGGCCCAACGCGGAAGCCCAGCGGGGGUUUGGGGCGUCCAAGCUCGAUGCACCGCAUGCCUCCGGCGCCGCUGCCGGCGGCCCGCCGGCGGCAGGAAAGGAGGGAAUCCCAGGAGGGGUCUUUGCCGCUUCCCUGGCGCCCGAGCAUGCAGCAGCCCCUGGAUCAAGAGGAGCAGGAAGGAGGCGAUGCCGCGGCGGCUGUGGCAGGCGCAACGGCGGCAGGAGCAGCGGGGGCUGCUUUCGGCGGGAUGGGUGAAGGCGGCAAUGGCGCGUGGCGACAGGAAAAGGGCGGCCCUCGGGGCCAGGCAGCGAAGGCGGAGGCGAAGCUUGAGAAACAGUUGGCUGAGCUUGCACCGGGCGUCAACUGGGGUGCAACCGCGCACAACGAGCUCGACCCCCCACAGCAGCGGCCAGGCUCCGGGCGCUCCGGCCCCCGCAACGGCCCGCACUCCCUCGCUCGCGCCAUGCAUGCGCCCGUUGAAGCCGCCGCCGCCGCGGCCACCGCAGCCGCGCAAGCUGCCGCCGCCCAGGCUGCCGCCGCAGUCCACCAGAAGAUGCUUGCCGUACCUCUAGGCCAUGUGGGCUCGCUGGGACCUCUGGCUGCGGCCCUGAUCUCCGCCAGCUCGGUCGGGGGCGGUCCCUCUGCACCCCUCAGCCUGGGCUCCCUGGCUUCGGGGCUCCCCGCGGGCCUGCCCACCAGCUUUGAGAGCCUGGAGCAGUUAAGCAUCUACCUGGCGCGCGUCAAGAUGGAGAAGCUCAUUACGGAGCAGGCGGCGCAGGAGGCGGCGGCGAUCUGGCAGGUGGCGCAGACGAAGGGGCUGGCGGGGCUGGCCAGUCUGCUGCAGGCGCCGCUGGACAGGAACUGGGACCCGAGGGCGGCGUGGCCGGAGGAUGGCCUGGCGUCGGGUCCUUCCACCUCCGAAACCGGCACCAAGUCCGCCCUACCUCCGCACCGCUCCCACAACCUCCCACGCGACGACCCUGCGGCCUUUGAGCGCCCGGAGCCUCCCCGGCGCCCCGCAGGCGGCUCUCGCGCCGCAGCAGGCACCAAGCGCGCACGACCCGAGCCCCCCACCCAGGACCACCCGGGCUUUCCCCCGCUGCUCCCGGACGCAUGGGCGGGGCUGCCUCCCCCAGGCCACCCGGGACACCCCCUCUCCCUCCAAGCCGCCAUGGCCCAGUCGCUUCUGUUCGGCGGCGGGGGCUUGCUGCCUAACCCGGCAGCGAAUGCAGCUGCAUCCGCAGGCGGCGGCGCAGCUCCCUGGCAUCAUCCUCAUCCUCACGAUGAUGAUCAGGAGGACUAUGAUGAUGAUGAUGAGGACCGGUGUGACUACCCCGAGGACCUCGCCCCGGCC